AUAUAUGGAAUUGAAAAUUGAUGAGAGGAGUGAUGUCAUUAGAUAAGAGGAAUUCAAAGACAUUGAUGUUUCGAAUUGGAAUGAAUUUGGAGGUAUGACCAUAUUCCCACUACUUUCUAAGCUAUUUUGCUAUUGAGUGCAGGGGCUAAUUUUUUAUUGAUCAAGAUCUUUUAGAGAAUACAAAAUUUAUUUUUGUGGAAAAGUGAGGAUCCAAAAAACAAUCCUUCUAAAAUGUUAACUGUAAAUUGCUUAUUGGUUAUGACAAUAUUAUGUAAGAAUUAGAAUUAUACAAAAGUUAAGCUCUUUUCGUGUUAUUACUCAAUAGCAGGUUUUUUUUUUAGUUAAAUUUGGAGAUGGGAUUGCGAGUCUUAAAUAACAUCAUUAACGAUAUCCCCAUCAUUUUACAUAAUUAUCCAAAUUUGUUAAGCAUAAACUUUGAACCUUACAUUUUGUUUUUGCAGUAAUUUAUGGCUUAAACUAUGGAGAAUGAAAUUGAGAAUAGAACAGAAUAAGUCUCUUUUAAGUCUAACUAACAUUCUAUAAAUAUUUCUCUCUGCAUUAAUAGUCAUCAUUCCUAUACUUACUAUCACUUCUUUGAUUUUGGAAUCCUAUGUUAAUAACAUAAGAGAAUAUUGUUUGGGUGCUUUAACAAUGUUGAGUACUGUUUCUUUUGCUUUCAUUUGUAUUAUUCUCUACUCAAAACUCAAGGAUUAAUAUAGUGUUGGUGAUCAUUACAGAACAGUAUGAAUUUAAUUAAUAAUUUAGAAUCUAAAGUUUUUAUCGGCAGCAGUAAUAAUUUGCACUCUUCUUCGACCGUCAUUUAACUUUUUAUUCUCCCAGGAAUUCUUUUGGAGGUUGAAACCAGGACUUGAAUGCGAAGCAGACGAUGGAACUAUUAUCUAAAGAUUACCUGAUUUAGGUUUUAAUUGGUAUGAUAUAUUAAUAUACGAAUAAAUAGGGCGAUUUUUUAAUUAAUGUAUUCAUGUAUUACGGAUUUCAUUCCUAUUUACAUUUUAUCCUUGUUGUUUUCUCCCAAUAUAACAAAAAGGAAGACUCUGGUGAAUGUAAGCGAUGGGUGGGAUACUGGGUUAGAAUGA